UAGAGCAAACCAAACUCAAACCUUGUUAGGGGACUUGAUACCACACGACACGAGAUUUGUAACCGCUCGGCUCCCCUUAUAAUUCAUCUCCUCCUCCGACCUCUGCCUUUUGAGAUAUCAAUGGAUCCUUCAAUUUUCAAGCUCCUCGAAGAAGACGAGGAUGAAUCGAUGCAUUCGGGAGCUGAUGUCGACGCCUUCCAAGCCGCUCUUAAUCGAGAUAUUGAAGGUUCCACGAACCCUCCUGGAAACAGCCAGUCUCCCAAUGAACAGUUUACCAAAUGGAAGAAUGGUGUCGGAGACUCUAAUACGAAUCUCCAGACGCAACAACACAGCACUGAGAGCACUCAGACAAAGGAGCAACAAGGAUCAACAGGUUUAGAAAAUCAACACCAACAACGCGCGGAUGAAUCUUAUUUGCCUCAAGACCUCCACCAAGCAGGUCAACAACGCUGGGAGAAUCCUUCUUCACAGGUACCCCAAACAACUGGGUUGCAGAUUUCCGAAAAGAAUCUUACUGGUAAUGAACCGCAUAAUCAAAAGAGUGAAUCUCAGUAUUCAAAACUGCAAAAGAUUAGUAGUGGUCAACAGGCUCGCGGAGUGGAACACCCUGUUAACCCUCCUAUGAACCGCAACCCUAAGCAAGUACCGUUUGCUGCUUUGCUUCCCACCUUAAUAGCCCAACUCGAUAAAGACAGAGAAAUGCAGCUCCGUACCCUUUAUUCUAGACUCAAAAAAAAUGAAAUCCCCAAAGAGAGUUUCACACGACUUGUGAAGGAGAUUGUAGGCGAUCAGAUGCUUAGGUCGGCUGUUAGUAAACUACAGCAGGAAGCUUAUAACCAGGGGAAAAAGGGAAUUCAAGCUCAUACUGAAAUCAAUAAUCAAAAAUCUCAGUCCGAUCCUCGUGGAGUGGUCCACCUUAACCAACUACCUUCGUCAACAGGCAGUUCAGUUCCUGUGCAGGGACUUACAAAUCAUCCUCAGCAUAACCAGAUGCAGCGACCACCAAGUUCUUUUCCUAUGUAUACCAGCUCCGGUAGUUUUCACUCAUUCCCGGGUCCAAGCACCAAUGUUUCUGGUUCGUCUUUGAGACCACACCUUCAUGAUUCCCAUAUGAGACAUGUGGCACAUAACCAGACUGUGGGUUCAACUGGUCCUGGAGCACCUCCCCAGUCUACCACAAACAUGAUGACUAUGCCUAAGUUUGAGAGACCUGCUUCUGUUAAUGAUCCUGGUAGGGUUCAGGGCGGCGCUUUCCAGAACAACUCAUCGUUGCCUCUAAACUCUGCACCUAGUCAAGGAUCAUCACUGUCCCAUGUGAAGCAGGAAAGUUUUGAACAGAAUAAGGCAGCCCCAGGGACUUCGAAGGAGGAUUUAGAGAAGGAGUCCUCUAGAAUGGUUUUAUCCGCACCUAGCAACAUGGACCCUAACACAGCAAUGAAUUCUCGUGGUCCGUUGGGUACGUCACAAGCAGGUUUUAAUGCUAGGAUGCCACCCAAGAAGCAAACUGUCGGUCAGAAGAAACCACUUGAGACAUUAGGUUCUUCACCGCCACCACCAAGCAAGAAGCAAAAAGUGGUACCGAAUUCUGUGGAUCAAAGUAUUGAACAGCUCAAUGAUGUCACUGCAGUCAGUGGUGUCAAUCUCAGGGAAGAGGAAGAACAACUAUUUUCUGGGGGAAAGGAGGAUAGUCGUGUUUCUGAAGCAUCUCGUAGAGUUGUGCACGAAGAGGAAGAAAGAUUAAUUUUGCAGAAAAGUCCACUGCAGAAAAAGCUGGCAGAAAUUAUGGCGAAAGUUGGGCUAAAGCAGAUAGGCGUUGAUGUUGAACGGUGCUUGUCUUUGUGUGUAGAGGAAAGGAUGCGAGGACUAUUAUCUCAUAUCAUUCGGUUGUCAAAGCAGCGGGUUGAUACUGAGAAAUCUAGACACCGGACCUUUAUCACGUCAGAUAUUCGGCUACAAAUCAACGAAAUGAACCAGAAGGUGAAAGAGGAAUGGGAAAAGAAACAGGCUGAAGCAGAAAAGCUUAAGAAACCAAGCGAGAGUGAAGAAGGUGAUGGUGGAGUGGAUAGUGAGAAGGAGAAAGAAGACAACCGUUCAAAGGGCUUGAAGGGAAAUAAAGAGGACGACGACAAAAUGAGAACGACAGCAGCAAACGUUGCUGCUCGUGCUGCUGUUGGAGGAGAUGACACGUUUUUGAAAUGGCAAUUAAUGGCAGAAGCUCGUCAGAAGUCUGUAUCUGAAACUGGAAAAGACGGGAAUCAAAAAACUACUUCAGGUGGAGGAAGAAACUCCAAGGAGAGACAAGAUGGUGGACGUCGGUUUUCUGGACCUGGUGGUCGAAGAUUAGGGAAGAACCAAGUUCCAUCGCUUCAACCAAAAGUGGUGAGGACAAUCUCGGCGAAGGAUGUGGUUGCUGUCCUGGAAAGAGAGCCUCAGAUGUCUAAAUCCACUCUAAUGUAUCGAUUAAUUCAAUAGAAAAGCUUCACUGCCACAGAAUCAUUAUAUUUGCUAGUUACAUGUGUUUCAAUUAGGCAUAUAAUACAUGAUUUGACCUGAGGUCAUGUCAAGACCGUAAGAUCGACCAACUUUCUAGUGCUGGUUAUUAUUAUUUUUUUGUCAA